AUAUCAGGUCUUGGCCCUAACACCACACAUGGCUUUCAUGUUCACGAGUACGGAGAUACUUUAACGGAAGGAUGUCAGAGCACGGGAGGCCAUUACAACCCGUUUAAUCUUUGCCAUGGAGCACCUCAAGACCAAUUUCGCCAUGUUGGAGAUUUGGGUAACCUUGUUGCGGAUGCAAGUGGAACUAUCAAAGCAAAGUUUUCCGAUCAUCUUAUUUCUGUUGUCGGACCCUUAUCAGUAUUAGGACGAGCGUUUGUGAUUCAUCAGAGACCUGACGACCUCGGACGAGGGGUUGGUUCAGCCAGACGCGAAAGCCUGAUAACUGGUAACGCAGGUGCUCGUUUGGGAUGCGGUGUUAUCUUUCUCGCGCCAACAAUGAGCCGGGAUUUAAAGUAG